GUGGCUUUGUUUUUGAAGACCCAAGCAGGCGUACCUGAUGGGGUCAUUUGUGAACUGUUAAGUCGUCUAAGCCUUUAAUUUAUGGUUUACCAAACAUGUGAGAUUUAUACGGUGACUGCUGCAUGAUGAAGAUGAUGUUUUCAGACAUGGCUGAUUUACAAGACUACACUGCUCAAGUGUUGCUAAUAAUAUCCACCAUGUUGGUUGGAUCCAUAAUAAUAAGGAGAAGAAGAAAACAAAAUCAAAUAAAGCUUCCACCGAGCCCACCAUCCCUACCCAUCAUUGGACACCUCCACCUUCUCUCUCCAUUACCGCACCAAGAUUUCCACAAGCUCUCAACCACCUAUGGACCCAUCAUCCACCUCUGCCUCGGCUCUGCCACUUGCGUGGUGGCUUCCACCGCUGAAGCCGCCAAAGAGUUCCUCAAAAUCCACGAAACCUCCUUCUCCAACCGCCCCACAAAAACCGUAGCCGUGGAGAGCCUAUCCUAUGGAUUCAAAGACUUCGUGUUUGCCCCGUACGGACCCUAUUGGAAGUUCAUGAAGAAGGUGUGUAUGUCGGAGCUCCUGGGCGGAAAAAUGCUCCACCAGCUCCUCCACGUGAGGCAGCAAGAGAGGAAGAGGUUCCUUAGCGGUUUGGCAAAGAAAGGGUUGGCCGGUGAGGCUGUAGAUGUUGGGGCAGAACUCAUGAUGCUGACCAACAACGUGAUAUCGAUGAUGACGAUGAGGCAGAAGAGUUGUUCUGAGGGGAGAGGAGAAGCGGAGGCGCUGAGAAAGGUGGUGGAGGACACGGUGGAGCUGAGCGGGAAGUUCAACGUGUCGGAUUUCUUGUGGUUCAUGAAGAGUGUUGAUGUUCAGGGAUUCAAGAAGAGGCUGAAGGAGAUUCGGGUAAGGUUCGAUGCCUUGCUGGACAGAGUGAUUGAGGAGCAUCAACGUGAAAGAAGAAAGAAGAAGGAAGAGGGUUCGACGACCGGUGAUGACGAUGAUGUUAAGGAUAUACUUGAUGUCCUUCUUGACAUAUCCGAAGAUGAAACUGCUGAAAUCAAAUUGGAUACAGACAACAUCAAAGCCUUCAUCAUGGACAUACUGGUGGGGGGGACUGACACAACAGCUGUGACAAUGGAGUGGGCGAUGGCUGAAUUAAUCAACAAUCCUGGCGUUAUGGAGAAAGCACGUGAAGAGAUCGAUGCAGUUGUUGGAAAUAAGAACAGGAUCGUUGAAGAAUGUGACAUUCCCAACCUCCCUUACAUACAAGCCAUUGUGAAAGAAACACUAAGGCUUCACCCUCCAGGUGCAUUGAUCGUGAGGGAAUGUUCUAGAACUGCCACGGUUGAUGGCUAUCACAUUCCAGCAAGGACUCGUUUGUUUAUCAAUGCAUGGUCCAUUGGAAGGGACCCAAACCAUUGGGAGAAUCCCCUUGACUUCAGGCCUGAGAGGUUCAUCGAUCAAAAUGGGAGUGCGUUGACUCAUUUGGAUGUUAGGGGUCAACACUUUGAGUUGAUUCCGUUCGGAAGUGGAAGAAGAAUGUGCCCUGGAAUUUCUCUGGCUUUGCCGCUUGCAUAUGUGACACUGGCUUCGAUGCUUCAGUGUUUUGAAUGGAAGCUUGUCAAUGGUGGUGGUGAUGGGAUCGUUGACAUGGAAGAGAAGGCUGGCCUUGUUGUUCCCAGGGCUCACCCUGUUAUAUGUGUCCCUCUUCCUAGGCUUUAUCCGUUUCCAUCUAUAUGAUAUCAAAUACAGACUCAUAUCUUGGUCCUUGUAGUGAUUUAUAAGUUAUAACUUGUGAUAAUUUUAUUCUGUAUGAUUUAUUGGAAGG